AUUUUAUUGUUUUGGGUGGAGGAAUUUUCGUCUGUCAUCAACACAUUUGCAAUUUGUCAAGUUGAAAAAUACCAUUAUUAAAACCUUAAACCUCGUAGCCUUACUCCCAUUGUCGGUCGCCUUAGAUCAUCAAACGAGAGAACUAAGCAUACAUCUUCUUCACAUGGACUCGGCCAACAACAUAGGUUCAACGCCUGUCGCGGCCCGGGCCUCCUCCUGGCCCGGGACUUUAGGCAGCCACCUAGCUCGGCGGCUCGUCGAGAUCGGUGUCCGCGACGUGUUCUCCGUCCCGGGGGACUUCAACCUCACGCUCCUCGACCACCUCAUAGCUGAACCGGAGCUGAACCUGAUCGGCUGCUGCAACGAGCUGAACGCCGGGUAUGCCGCCGACGGGUACGCGCGGGCGAGGGGCGUGGGCGCGUGCGUGGUCACGUUCACGGUCGGGGGCCUGAGCGUGCUCAACGCGAUUGCCGGGGCGAACAGCGAGAACCUGCCCGUGAUCUGUAUCGUUGGCGGGCCCAACUCGAAUGAUUACGGGACGAACCGGAUCCUCCAUCACACGAUCGGGCUGCCCGAUUUCACCCAGGAGCUGAGGUGCUUUCAGACGAUCACUUGCACACAGGCAGUUGUGAAUAACUUGGAUGAUGCACACGAACUUAUUGACACCGCGAUAUCGACCGCCUUGAAAGAAAGCAAGCCUGCAUAUAUCAGCAUCAGCUGCAAUAUAUCCGGAAUUCCACACCCGACCUUCGCUCGAGACCCAGUCCCUUUCUUCCUAGCACCAAAAGUAAGUAAUCGAAUGGGACUAGAAGCAGCCGUGGAGGCGACUGCCGAUUUCCUCAACAAGGCUGUGAAGCCCGUGAUAAUUGGUGGGCCGAAGCUGAGGGUGGCCAGGGCACAACAAGCCUUCAAUGAGCUUGCUGAGGCGAGUGGAUAUCCUGUAGCAGUCAUGCCUUCAGGCAAGGGCCUAGUGCCCGAGCACCUCCCCCACUUCAUUGGGACCUAUUGGGGCGCAGUCAGCACGACCUUCUGUGGGGAGAUAGUCGAGUCGGCCGAUGCCUAUGUCUUUGUGGGCCCAAUAUUCAAUGACUACAGCUCGGUCGGGUACUCCUUGUUGAUUAAGAAGGAGAAAGCGAUCGUUGUUCAGCCCAAUCGUGUGACAAUUGGGAAUGGCCCUUCCUUUGGUUGGGUGUUCAUGGCUGAUUUUUUGAGUGCAUUGGCCAAGAAGCUGAAGAAGAACACAACGGCAUUGGAGAAUUACCAGCGGAUUUUUGUUCCACCAGGCGUGCCUCUCAAGUACGAGAAAAACGAGCCUCUUCGAGUCAAUAUCCUCUUCAAGCACAUCCAAGAAAUGCUUAGUGGAAACAGUGCAGUUAUAGCUGAAACCGGUGACUCCUGGUUUAACUGUCAGAAGCUCCGGCUCCCUGAGAAUUGCGGGUACGAAUUCCAGAUGCAAUAUGGAUCUAUCGGGUGGUCAGUUGGUGCCACGCUUGGUUAUGCUCAAGCGGCUCAUGAAAAGCGUGUGAUUGCUUGUAUCGGUGAUGGAAGUUUCCAGGUGACUGCUCAGGAUAUUUCGACAAUGAUUCGAUGUGGCCAGAACACCAUAAUCUUCUUGAUCAACAAUGGAGGCUAUACAAUCGAAGUUGAGAUCCACGAUGGGCCCUACAAUGUGAUUAAGAACUGGAACUAUACGGCACUAGUCGAUGCCAUCCACAAUGGCGAAGGCAAAUGUUGGACUGCUAAGGUCAAAACAGAGGAAGAGCUGAUUGAGGCAAUUGCAGCUGCAAAUGGACCACAGAAGGACUCCUUAUGUUUCAUUGAGGUCAUCGUGCACAAGGACGACACGAGCAAAGAGUUGCUAGAAUGGGGGUCCCGAGUUUCUGCUGCUAAUAGCCGCCCCCCGAAUCCUCAGUAAUGAUUUCGAGAGCUGAUUAACUAAGAGCUGAUGCAUUCUCCGUCGGAAAUAAGAGUGGAAGGAUAGUUGUUACUAGUUAUUUACACCAGUUGUCUGAAAAUACAAUGAUGUUUUUGUACAGUAAACUUGUAUUGCGCGCGGUGAAAGCAUCAUAUAUAAGAGCAAUUCGCUGGUCAUUUCGUAUAACCAGACGGGAUAAAAGAGAACGAAUCUUUUGACGAGAUAAA